AUGGAUAAAGUCAACUAUAGCAAAUGUCCGCUCAAGAAGCGUCCCAUAAUGAUGCUGGAGCAGCAGGAGCAGCAGCCAGAACACAUGGAUUGCUUGGAUCAAGACGAAGGACCCGUUGAUCUCAGUCUUGCUGCUGGCACAGCACCGACACACCAACCAGCUUCUUCACCGCCACCAGAACCAGCGCCUGCGCCCUCCACCUACAUUGCGUCCUAUCAAUUUGGUCAAGACAAUGCCGAACAGCGCACGGCGCUACCCACACCGCCGCCGUCAGAGAAAUCUGUCGGUGUUUUCACACAAAAUAAAGAGGAGCUGGCGCGACGCAUUUGGGAGGAAACGCGUGAGAUCGCGCGUGCCUUUCCCGAUGUCUUCACGCGUGAGGAGAUUGCACGCAGCUUGGCGCGUUUGGGUUAUGGCGAUUUUCCGCUGCCGCCGGAGGAUGAAGCGUGCGGUAGGGAGGAAGCAGAGCCGAGACCCGAACCACAACGACAGCAAUAUGAUGGCAUAACACCUCCGCCACCAGCAGUGAAUGCGGAAUUUGCGGCGCAUGAAAUCAAGCAGGAGAUAAUUGAAGUUGAUAAUUAUGUGCCGACAGCGGGACUUCGGAACUACAAUAACAAUUUGUUGAAAAGCAUUGCUGAGUAUGAAGACUGCGUACAACCGCAAGCUUACAGCAUGCAAGCGGAACAGAUGCUGUCACAACAACGGCAGCAGCAACAGCUUAUUUCAGCGGCGCCACAGUCCAUGCCGCAGGCGACACAAGCGGAGAACUGUUACUAUUCAGCAGAGCGACGCGAUUAUGAGCCCCAGGAUUUGAGUGUGAAGAGUGAUUUGCCGGCGCGACGCGUGCUUGGUGAGAAUAUCAAUCUGCACAAUGUUGCGCGUGCGCUGCUAAGCAUGCAGCAAAUGGGCACAAAUAACAAUAACAAUAAUGUAGCGUAUGCACCCGGUAUGCACGAGGAGCGCCGCACAGCCGACUCACCAAAUGCGAACACGCUGAAGAUCAAGACCAACAACGAUCUCUACUACCAGUGCCAGCAAUGCAACAAAUGCUACUCCACCUACGCCGGUCUAGUGAAGCAUCAGCAAACACACGCGUACGAGAGCACCGAAUACAAGAUCAUACGCAGCGUGAAUAACGCCGAAGUGCCAGGCGCGCUCGAGGCAGCUGGUGAAUUCUCCAGCGACAAAGCCGCAGCGCUUAUACAUUCCUCCAGCGUUGCAUCUGCGCAGUCGGCGCAAAAGCCUGUCGGUGUGCCGCGCUACCAUUGCAAGGACUGCGGCAAGUCAUAUUCCACAUACUCGGGCCUGAGUAAGCAUCAGCAGUUUCAUUGUCCCGCCGCCGAGGGCAAUCAAGUGAAAAAGGUUUUCAAUUGUAAGAACUGCGACAAGACCUACGUCUCGCUGGGCGCACUCAAAAUGCACAUACGCACACACACGCUACCCUGCAAAUGCCCCAUCUGCGGCAAAGCCUUCUCACGUCCCUGGCUGCUACAGGGCCACAUACGCACACACACCGGCGAAAAGCCCUUCAGCUGCCAGCACUGCAAUCGCGCCUUUGCCGAUCGCUCGAAUUUGCGCGCACACAUGCAAACCCACUCGGAUGUGAAGAAGUAUUCGUGCCCCUCGUGUACGAAGUCAUUCUCGCGCAUCUCUUUGCUGGGUAAGCACUUGCAGGGCGGCUGCCAGCAGUCGCCGCAUUCAGCAUCGCCAACAUCGUCCACCGAGAAUUUGGCAUCAUACGCCGCGACGGCUACAUCAGCUGCACUCAACGGCGAGGGUGGCUUCAGCCAGCAGCAGCUGCAACAGCAUAUGCAACGGCUGCAGCAGGGCGCUUACAAUGAUGAGAAUAUGCCAGCCGAACGCCAGCAGCCGUCCGCUUACUAUUACGCCGACAGCUUGGGCAGCAGUGGUGACGAUCAGGAAGAGUUGGAGGAAAUGCAUUACAGCAGCACGACGCCACCGCUCGCUGCACAGUCAGCGCAAGCGCAACAACAGCAAUCAAUGCCGCUAAUGGCGGCGCAUGCCGGUGAAUACUGA